AUGUCUUUUCUGGGACUGAAGCCCGCCGACCUCUCGAUGUUCAAGGUAUCUAGCUUACCACAUUCGUUCACCGCUGCCUCUGAAGCCCUAAUGCCCAUCGAUAAUGAACAUCCAUCCGUAUCCUCUCUAGCCUCCCGAAACGUCUCCACAAUCCUCGUCCUGUUUUCAUGGCGCGAAGCUUACAGGAUCAAACAGGAGGGAGAUGCGGAUGCAGGAGGGGAUGGGAGAGAUCUGCAGGCGCUAGACGUACCUCCGAAUGAACCGUCUCAGUUGCUUGUUGACAGCACGAUUUGGUGGCCGUCUGGAUACGCGCUCUUCGAAUACAUUUCCCCCAAGAACAAACGAGCGUACUAUUACCUCUACGGUGAGAUUAAUUUCCUAGGUAUAGGCACACACCUUCCACAAACAACGCCUGAGCAUCCACCCUUUUUCUCUCGUAAAGGAUCGACAUUGGUCACCAGAUUCAAGUCCCCGAACGAAUUCAUACCCCACGCCCUAUGGCUUCAACAGGGUCAGCUCAUCGACCACAGUACGAACUGCACCUGCAAGUACGCAGAAUCUCGUACGAAAGGAGGCCCCGGGGUCUCCACCUUACCAAAACAGAGCUCAACUGUCUCUGAGAAACAGUCGAAGCCGUACGCUGUAAUUCGUUCAAUCCCUCUCAAGUCAGAUCGUACGGCAUACAGUGCACCGGGGAACGUUCCUGACAGCGGUAGGGUUGAAUGGCUUAGAGAGGGGGAGGUGGUCUGGUGUAUCAUUCACCCGAUCACCAGUACGCACGGAGAAGCUAUAAAUUUCUGGCCAGGUGUGGUGGAAAAUAUGCAAGUCAUCUCCCAGCAUGACACGCUAGAUGAAGACCAGACCAAUCGCGUCUUCGAGGGACCACUAUCGGCAAGGCACCACGAUGAUCACGUACAGUCGCCGACGACUUCGACCGCUACAGCAAGGUACAUCGUCAAGCUCCUUGGCGUUCGCCAAAGGUUCGCCUUUCCGGCCGGUAAAAUCAUCCCCUACAUCUCUCGUCGAACAGAUGUGGACCUCUUGCAAGUCAUGCAAGAGGUUCCCGUCGAGCACUUAACGCUCGACCCGGACAUGGCCGCCUCAUUUCAGCCUUGCGAUCUUUCACUUGGCCCAGUCGACGAUGACAGCAUGCAACAUCGCUUCACACAAGCUGUUGUACCUUACUCUCUCGCUCUUGAAAUUGCAAAAAGUGUCAGCUGCUGUUGGGCACCGAUGGACGAGCGUAGGCCGGCGGAUCAUUCUCCCGCUUCCCCUCCACGAUCGACCACAUUACCGACAGCGUUUGCCCACACAGCAUAUACCAGGGACCAGUCUUCCCACAGCCUACCAUCUGACGCCACACCGUUCGCAGACACCGCCACCCAAUUGGUACCUGAGCGCAUCGAUGGCCAACCACGCUAUCAAGGUCUUUGGUGGGGAUCAGAGCAGAUCAUGGUGAAUGACCUCAUUCGCUUGAAAGCAUCCAGGCGGCAGAUUUCUUCGGACAACGUCUUUGCGCCGUCAGGGCCCUCGGCAGGUUCGAUCUCUAGGUGGCGGGAAGCCAAAAACGGGGAGAACUUUGAGGAAUUGGGCGCUGUUCGUCGAGGCGUUUUCAUGGUGUUGACUAGGUUAUUCGCGGUAGAUGUGACAGAUGAAGGUGGCAGGAAGAAUAAGGAGUGCAGGGCAAGUGGCAGUCUUUAUGAACUGGCGGAUGAAGAAUGGGAGGAAGGCGAAAAGGUUACCAUGGACGCAGUAUCUUCGGGUGGCACCGAGACGAAAAGGACGACCGUACACGGUGACGACCGCCAAGUUACGGGCGCAACAUUCGCGAUGCAUUCUGAGCAACCAUCAUUACCACCUCCACCCGCGGGCUGUCGCUUCCGCCCUAUUCUUCGCGCAGGAUAUGAGGCGAUUGUUUCCUUGAACCUCCUCAGCGGACGCUACUACCCCUCUCUUUUGUCUCAUCCAUGCUUUGAGGUGCAAGGUUACAACAUACAGCGCGUCUCGCACGGGGUUGUGCAGCCUGAGAUGCGCGAACUCUUGAGUUUAGGAGGCCUGUUCCCCGGCCAUUUCAACCCCAUGGAUCCGGUGAAGUGGCUGCCGGACAGAAGGGCCAUGUAUCAGGUUGCAGAGGACGAGAACAGGGUGCUGUUGUGGGAGCUCUGGAGUACAAAGGCUGCCGAUAGUCAAGAGGUUAAGACCGAAUCUAGCACUUAG